AUGCAGUAAGGGGAGAGCCGGACACAAGCUGCACUGCUCCAAACCAACCACAAUCUGGGAAAAAUGAUUGGCAAGACAAUUCUCCAAUGAGAUGCAGAAGACUUUCAAAGCCCUAAUUGUCAGGGAAGCAGCUGUAGACUGGACACUGGGAAAUGGAAAGUCUGAGGUUGGAGGUCGUGGCUGCACUGUGUGUAUGAGGGGAGAGCAAGAGGAAAGGAAGAGACCGGAUGAAAGAAUAAGCUGACCUUGUCACUCUGAGCCUUGAUUCUACGUGUUCAACUAGGUUUUGGUGGCGAUUCUCUUAAAUCGAGUCAAGAUGGAUGCGAUAGUGGAAACCCCUGAGAUGCCUGCCGUCUUUGAUGGAAUGAAGUUGGCAGCUGUAGCUGCUUUUCUGUACAUUAUUGUACGUUCUUUAAACCUGAAGAAUCCAACUGCUCCACCUGAUCUUCUGUAUCAGGACACUGCUUUGACUCGCUACCUAAUAAAAUCUUGCCCCUUGCUGACCAAAGAGUACAUUCCACCUAUUAUCUGGGGGAAAAGUGGACAUAUCCAGACAGCCCUGUAUGGAAAGAUGGGCCGAGUUAGUUCUCCGCAUCCAUAUGGACUAAGGAAGUACCUUACAAUGCCAGAUGGAGCUACAGCAACCUUUGACCUAUUUGAACCAUUAGCUGAACACUGCACAGGAGAAAAUGUCACCAUGGUAAUCUGUCCUGGAAUAGCCAAUCACAGUGAGAAGCAGUAUAUUCGAACCUUUGUCGACUAUGCUCAGAAAAAUGGCUAUAGAUGUGCGGUACUGAAUCACCUUGGAGCGCUGACAAAUAUUGAAUUGACUUCUCCACGCAUGUUCACUUAUGGAUGCACAUGGGAGUUUGGAGCUAUGGUAAACUACAUCAGGAAGGCUUUUCCUCAAACUCAGUUAAUUGUUGUCGGCUUCAGUCUGGGAGGAAACAUUGUUUGCAAAUAUCUUGGCGAGACUGCAUCCAACCAAGAGAGAGUGAUGUGCUGUGUCAGCGUUUGCCAGGGGUACAGUGCAUCUCAUGCACAAGAUACCUUUCUACAAUGGGAUCAAUUAAGACGGGUUUACAACUUUCUAAUGGCUGACAACAUGAAGAAAAUCAUCCUGUCUCACAGACAUAUACUCUUCGGUGAUGGCAGCAAAGCAAAUCGAGUUUUAGAAGACACAGAUUUAAGCCGUCUCUAUACUGCAACUUCUCUUAUGCAGAUAGAUGAUGUUGUAAUGAGGAAAUUCCACGGUUACAAGACUGUUCAGGAAUAUUAUGAAGCUGAAAGCUGCAUUCGUUAUUUGCACAACAUUCAUGUUCCCCUCAUGCUGGUUAAUUCAGUGGAUGAUCCAUUGGUACAUGACAGUUUGUUAACAAUUCCAAAGACUCUUGCAGAAAAGAAAGAAAAUGUUUUGGUGGUAUUGCCUCUACAUGGAGGGCACCUUGGCUUCUUUGAGGGUGCUGUUCUAUUCCCAGAACCACUAACAUGGAUGGAUAAACUUAUAGUACAGUACUCCAAUGCCAUUUGCCAGUGGGAGAGAAAUAAACCACAGUGCUCUGAUGUGAAGCAGGCUGCUGAGUCUGACCAUAAAUGAAAUUAACUCUUCAACCAUCUUCCCAAAGAGACUUUAGAUUUACCUACAGAGACCAUACUUUUUAGGGGAAUCUUUCUACUUUGUUUUUUGUUUUUUUCUAAUUAGGGGUCUGCCCAUUGUAACUCAACUUGGAAAGAGGCCAUGUUCCCACUGUGAGUCUCUCCAGUCCACACAGUUCUCUUUGCUUUGAUCUCUGAAGUGCAUUAAUUAGUUGUUAUUGUUUUCUUGCUGUAUUUUCCAUUGGGCAGUACAUUUCCAUUUCCAUGUACAGGUAUAGUUGGCCCUAUUGAAGUCAAUAUUAUAUUGAACUUUUUCUUUCUGUAGGAUUUGCUGAGAACUGAAUUCCAGCAAAAUGUUGAGAAUUCUGUUUACAAGUUGUUUUUUGUAAAAGUACAUGUUUUGCAUAAUGGACUGACUGACUAUAACAAGUCAUUGCGUUUUGCAGUAACACACCUGCAUAUAUAUAUAGAAGGAUUUUUGCUUUGGCUAGUGCCUAGUAAGCUUUACGUGCCAGUGGGGGCCGCUGCAACAUUGGGCAGUCCCUUUGCACAUAACAGGGCAAUGACUUGGUGGACAAAUAUCAAGGUAAAGUUUGCACCUACCUAUUGGAGACUGAACCUAAAAUAAGUAUAGUGUUAGAAUGAUAUAAUAUUGUGUUUUCUUUAUUUUUUGACUCAAAGGAACAGCUGUUAAAGAAUAGGUUACCUUUUGGAGCAAAGUCUUUAUGCAGUGGUACCUAUACAAGCACUUCUUUUAUUUUGUUCUGCAUUUACCAAAGCUAAAGUAUGUCAAUAUUUAAGUUGCAUUGAUCUGUUCUUUAGGUUUAGGUAUUUAAUUUGUAAAAGGAA